UUUACCUUUCGUUUUGUUGUUCUGCUCCUGGCUUCAUAUUUUCCUUGUUCUUUUACCAAAACCAAAAUAUUAAUUGAUAAGAUUUAUAAAAUUUUCAAUUUCUUCAAGUGUGCAGGCCUAAAUACUCUUUGAAGCUAUGGCUGAUGAAAAGGUCUCUGUAAGCUUCGCCUGUCAAAGGUGCCAAAAGCCAUUGAUUAUUGAUGGCAGCCUCGACAGCAUCAAUGAACAUGCAAUGGCAGAAUUAUCAUUGCCAAUUUACGCAACCAACAUCGAUGAAAUGGAUCCGAAUGAAAGUGGUUUCGAUCAUGUUGUUCCGCCUUUUCGUUUGAGCGAUUCAAUAAAUGGUACUGGCUUCACUUUAGUGUCUGAUGGGAAGGAAAAUAAAAAACUCAGUGCUGAAUUCCUGGCCAAGGCUCAACUCUUUGAUGCUUUGUCAUCAAAUUCUGAAUUCGAUCAUCCAUUGUGUGAUGAGUGCACCGAUUCAAUGUUAGAACUUUUGGAGCGGGAGCUGAAGAUAGCAGAAAACGAGUGGAGAGAUUACAAGAGCUAUUUGGAAAAGUUGGAAAAAUCCGAAGAGAAGCCAAAUAUCCCUGAACUGAGAAAGGAAUUGGCGGAUUUGGAAUCAAAAGAAAAACACCUGCUCGAAGAGCUUUCUAAGUUAAAAGUUAAAGAAUCAACUCUGAAUGCUGAGAUCAAGGCUGAAGAAGCCGAAAAGGCAAAGUUGGCCGAACAAGAAGUUAGCUACUGGCGUGAAUACACAAAACACAGACGGGACUUGAUGCUAACAGAAGAUGACAAACGCAGUUUGGAAAACCAAAUUUCCUACGCCGAACAUCAUCUGAAAAGACUGCAAAACACGAAUAUCUUUAAUGUGGCCUUCCAUAUCUGGCAUGCGGGGCACUUUGGAACGAUUAAUAACUUCCGCUUGGGAAGAUUGCCCUCGGCUUCGGUAGAUUGGUCAGAGAUAAAUGCUGCCUGGGGUCAGACGGUGCUGUUACUUUGUGCGCUGGCACGGAAGAUAGGCUUGAGUUUUGAGAAGUAUCGUUUGGUUCCGUUCGGUAGCCAUUCGUAUGUCGAAGUCUUGGGUGAGGGGCGCGAGUUGCCUCUGUAUGGCACUGGCGGAUUCAAGUUUUUCUGGGACACUAAAUUCGACGCAGCCAUGGUUGCAUUCCUCGAAUGUCUCAUUCAGUUUCAACAGGAAGUCGAAAAGCGUGACACUGAGUUCUGCCUUCCAUACAAAAUGGAGAAGGGAAAGAUAAUCGAUCCAUCAACUGCAAACUCCUAUUCUAUCAAAAUACAAUUCAAUUCAGAGGAACAGUGGACGAAGGCUCUUAAGUUCAUGCUGACGAACUUGAAAUGGGGUUUAGCGUGGGUCUCUUCUCAGUUUACAACUCAGUGACCAUGGAACGAAGGUUGAUACCUUGAAUUAACAUAGUGUGUUAUAUGUUUACCUAUUUAUAAAUAAAAUAAAGUACUUUAAUCUUCAA